UUAUGUCAAGCUAUCGUUAGUAUCUUUUCAAACUUGUAGCAUAGAACACAUGCAACAGUCGUGGAGGUUCCAUUAUGCAUUCUGUUCAAUCUCAUAGAGUUAUAGGAAAAGUGAUUUCAAUAUUUUACUGGGUUGGUUAUUGGCAUCGUAGAGACCAUCCUACAGCUAAAGAACUCGGGAUGAAGGUCAUCUAUUGCCUAUAUUAUUCACUUUUUGGAAUUUCAUUGACGAUUGCAGGACUUACAAGCCAAACCAGCGACGAGUCGAUAUUCUUAUGGGAAUCGUGUUUAGUAAUUCUCAUUUCGACCGCUAAAAUUUUGGUUUUGAUUCAAAAACAAAAGCGAAUUGUCCGAUCGCUAAAUCUGAUCGGUGUCUUUUCGAUUCGAGACGCUGAAGACGUUACGUAUUGCAAUUUUAGGUUGGGCCGAUUUAUGAAGUUUGUGGUCACAUUUCUAUGUGUCACCGUUUGUGCUAUUACUUUCGCAAAUGCUGUACCAUUUUUCAGUAGUGAAAGGAAAAUGAUUGUCGAUUUUGCAUUUCCAUUGGAUUGGAGAAAUGGUGGAACCGCAUUUUGGAUCUCAUAUACUUUCAUCACCACUGAAAUUGUUCUUACAUUUUCGGCGGUACUGUUCACGGUCGUGGUUUGGUACUUGAUGCUUCUUUGUUCCUUAAGAUAUGAAGUUAUUGGAAGGGAGAUCGUCAAAGCAGGGAGCGGACAGAAAGGAGAAACCUUGUCCGUGAAGGAAAGGCAUAACUUAUUUCGCAAGGACGUAGAGUCAUCGAUCAUUGCUCACCGACGCUUAAGGGGGUUCAUCGACGAGCUGGUAUCAUUUGUGUCAAAAUUAUUUUUACUACAAUUUGGUACCGGUGCCACAUGCAUCUGCUUAUCCGUUUAUUGUCUAGCUUUUGACAUCGGUGACAAUUCUUUGGAACGAAUGAUUCAUCUCUACGCUUUAUUUUACCACAUUUCCGAACUAUUCAUGAUUACGCACUUCGGGAACGAAAUUAUGCUGUCAAGUAGCCGUCUCUCAUAUAAAUUAUUUGAAUCGAAUUGGGUUGACCAACCUGAAUCCACCAAGAAGGUUAUCAUCACUUUUGGACAAUAUUUAAAGCGACCGCAUGAAGUGUUUAUCGGUAAACUGUUUCCGUUAACUUUAGAAACAUUUGUGCGGAUAUUAAAGUCGGCCUACAGCUUUUUCAACGUUUUGAAAAAUUAUAAACAAUGAGUCGCCUACACGUAUUUCCUUUA